UGGUUUGAUUGGUUUACCGCCCAGUUCUCGACCAAUCGUAUGCUUUUAUCAAAAUGUAAGAAAUACCCUACGUUUAAUUUAAUCUCAACAGAUAGCGCUGCUGUACUUAAAUAAAACUAGAGUCUAGUUUAAACGAUAAAUGCUAACAACAAAUAUUCUAUUUUAUCUAUUUAAAUAAAUUAUUAAAUAAUAUUAUUAUUAUACAAUUUUUAACGAACAUUGUUGCAAUGAAUUCUUUCGUCAUACUCCCGUUGCCAGUGAGAAUAGAUGCCAUAGAAACAUAUGGAUUUACAAGCGCAAAAUGAAAUAGCGAUACAAAGAAUGGUUCAAUUGUUUACGGAGUUUACGAACAAAAUAGAAGUUAUGGGUUAUUUUACGUUGAAAAAAUUAAUCGACGAAUUAAAUAUGUUUAAAAUAUUGAUCGAAAAAGAAAUGAGAACUACGCCUAUGAUUGAACGCAUGAACAAAAUUAAAAUACGCUCCUACGAAAAUGAUUUAAAGAUAGCAGAGGAGGAUGUCGAAUUGUUACGCCGUUCGUUGGAAGAGGAAACAUUGAAUUUAAAAAAGUUUAAAGAAGAAACGAUUAUCGAUAUCGCGAAAGAAGAAUCGAUUAUUCGAUCUAUUAAAGAAAUGACGAAAAAGAAAGUGGUUGAAGAGAUAAAAAAAUCUGAAUUUGAAAGAAUGGCUGCUCGUAAAGAGUAUCAAAACAAAAUAGAAUUACUUCAAGCAGAAAUUUGUUCUUUCGAUGAAAAAAUCCAAUUGAUGAAUGCUGAAAAUGAGACACGAGAGAAGGAAUUAAUAGCAAUACGUUCGCAGAUACAGGACAAAUCUAUCGAACUAUUAGCACAAUACGAUCGAGUGAUUGGCACUAAACAUCAAUUAUUAGAAAAGCUAAAAAUUAAAAAUAAUAUUCUUCAAGAAGAACAAAAUAAACUUCAUAAACGUUUUAUAAGUCAAAACGAAUUGUACCAAAAUUUGAAGGAAGAACAAGAAAAAUCAAUAGCGACAGCAUUUUUAGAAAGAGUGACCAAAUUUAAACAGGAUCAUGCAGCUAAGAUCAUUCAAAGAGUAUGGAGAUCGUAUCGCGAACGACAGCUAUUGAAAAGGAAGAAGAAAACAAAAAGGAAAUAGAUGACUUUUUUAUUUUUUCUCUCAUCGUUUAUUAUCCGUCGUCCGUUUGGAUCAUUAAAGAUUAUUUACGAGGAAGAUAUUGUAGUAAAAUAAAAAUGAAUACGAAUUUGAACGAUGAGGAAUGAAGGAAAUUCUCGUUUAUUACUAAGGAUAAACGAUUUAAAAAGAUAUAAGAUUUUUCAAAAAAAAAAAAAAAGAGUAAGUUAUAGGA